GCGUGAGCAGGCGACUUCCCCAAGGCUGCAUAGAGCGAUUAGGACACCGAAAUGAAUAGAAAUACUUUGUUCUUUCCCUUCACAUCAUUUCAGUAGUUCGAUAUUAUCAUCCUGUACAGCGUCUUUUCUGUUCGGCCUCAAGAGCUUAUCGAAAAUUAUCAAGUCGUUUCCCGCCAUACUUUCGCCAUACUUUCUUCUCUUGACGCCUUCAUCUUUUCAGAAUGUCUGCACGAACGCUUCAGUUUUUGACUGUCUCCCAAGUUCAGCGACUUCAUGCGAGAUUUGUCGCCCCCAAUGCCCUUCCCGUCCAGCCAAACAUGCUGGAAUCUGCAGUUCACUCGCCGAUGAACAUGAAGCACUACGCGGGGGUGGAAGACGUUUUCCAGCUUGCUGCGAACCUCGCCGAGAAAAUAAUGAAGAAUCAUGCUUUUCAGGAUGGCAACAAACGCACUGCGUUACUGGCCGCUGAUAUGUUCUUGAAAAUCAACGGCUACUACCUUCAGAAGGUGCCAUUCGCAGAAGAUAUACAUAAUAGGGGGCUAGCAAAUGCUCAUGUCGCCGUUGUUACCAACCAGUGGACCGCGGAACAAUUGGGUAACUAUUAUAAGUCUGUGGCAGUCCCUCUUGGUCCUGUGACUGCAGAAAUCCUGGAGUAUAAAAGCUCCGCUGCCGAGUACUAGCCACAUACUCCGUCAACACGGCCAGGCUUCUGAAUGGGUUCCAGGUGAGGUUUUCGAACGCGGUGCUUAGUGAAAGGAUUUCCGUUUUGGAUGUUGGGUUUGCCACUCAUGCAUUUUUUUCGGUUUGCUUGCAGAGAAGGGAAGGAGGCUCCCUUGAUGCGAUCGUUUGUCGAGUUCUGGCUUAUUCAUCUGACUGUGUCUGCUGUUUAUUUGUCAAGUUGAGGUUACAUCAGGUCCUUCCUGCGUCCCCUGAAACAAAUAGAUUUGAU